GGCUUACUUGGGCUUGCUUUUUUCUCAAACAACAUUGAGAGACUUCUCAAAUAUAUCUCAAGAACAAGGCUUCAGGUAAUUGUUGUCAUUUGUUAUAGGGUGAUCCAUGGCUGGAUCUACAAAAGGAUGUAAUAUUGCUCAUUGCCUUUUAGAAAACUUAAAUGUUUACUAAACACAUACUAAAAUUCACAAAUGUUUGAUCUUCAUAUACAAGGCAGAAAAUUGAUUGUGUUUACAAACACAAACAUCAUCAAGUUUAGCUGGUAGGAAGUGCGGAGAAGAAUGAUAAUACCCAUGCCCUUUUUCUUUUGGACAGUGAAGCAUUACAGCGCUUAGUCUGUGGGAUACACAGCUAUGAACUGUCCUGGAGUUAGGUGUCCAGCAGGCUUUUUUCAAAGAUCAGUUUCUGGAAGCAGGGAAGUGUUGCAAUAAAUAAUAAGAACUCAAAUAGUUUAGUGGCCAGAGCGUUUGAAUAGAAAGGUAGAUGGAGUGCUGUAGGUCAGGUUGCUCUCAGUUGAAAUAUUUCACUUUUUCUUAGCGUUUCUCCCUCUUUUCACCCCAUUUCUUUUGUGUAAUUUCUAGUCCAGUAAACAGGAGGGGCCAGUAGACUACAUGUGUAGCAGAAUGUCCAUUUUGUGAAUUGUGGAAGUGCCAAUAUCAAAUGGAAAACUUGCCUCAUCCACCACACCUUCUACUGAGAAAGAACUUCCCAGUGCAGCGCAGAACCAGAUGGUUCAACCAAUUCAUAUGCCUUGCAGUCAACACUCUCCUGUGAUGCAUGAGAAACUGUGCGAGCAUGUGCAAACUCAGAUGUCUCUGGUAACUGGCCAACCACCACACAACGGUAACGAAACUCCUACUGUAACUCCUUUUCCUACCUCAAAUCACGGAUGUCAAAAUGUUACAGCUUUUAAUUAUCGAUUACCUACUUGCACAUCAGCUCUGUCCCUGCAGCAUUCAGCUGAUCCCUUGUCUACUCAGUCAGAUGUUCCUGUAGACAGUGGCAAUGAAUGUGUGCCAAAGAUGGGAGGACCUGUGGUUUGCCCAGUAGUUUCUGCUGCUUCUACUACUGCUGUGCAAAUACAGUCUGCUACUGCUCUUCCUAGUGUGAUCCCUUGUAUAGCAUCAGGUGUAUCAAGUAACUCUACAGUGCCUACAUUGAGCCCAUCAUCUUCUGGCAGAGAGAUGACCCCACACCACAAACAACAGAUGAAAGAAGCAGAUUUGAUAAGAUGCAUACAAGCUCACCUGGCCCUGUUACAAUCACAUGAAGUGACGAACGGCGGGACUGAACAGAAGUGCCAUUGUCAUUGUCCAGCAAAACAUAAUGCUUCAAGUAACGAGGAGGAGGAUACUUCUGAAGAGCACAGUGAGGACAUGGUCAACAAAGAAGAUGAGUUGAAUGUACUUGACGUAGCCCCAGUGAGAGAUGCAAGCUGUAAGACAAGUUCUGUGAAUAAAGUUCUAAAAUCCAGAGAAGAAAGUCCAGAAGAAACAGCCCAUCAAGUUAAGACUGUAAAAUAUCUCCUGGGAGAGCUCAGAGCACUGAUAACAGAUCAAGAUGAUUUGGAAAUGUUAAGGUUGAUGAGUGAAAUAGAAGACUGCAUAUCAUUGCUCCCAGCUGUAGUGGGAAGUACAAAUGUGCAAGCUGAAAUAGCACUAGCUUUACAGCCUCUCAGGAGUGAAAAUGCACAACUGCGUAGGAGACUAAGAAUAUUAAACCAGCAACUUGGAGAACGAGAAAGAAAUGAGAAGACAUCUGGACAAAGCUGCAACUAUGAAUUAGUUUCUUGGCAGUCCUUGAAUAUGAUGCUCCAGAGUCAAUUGAAAGAAUCACUGAAAGGUCUUGAGUCACUACAAGCUAAAAAUGAAGAACUAUUUAAAAUAAUAGAAAGUCAGAAAGAAGAAAAUAAACGUCUUGCAAAAAAUAUUCAAGAUAAAGAACUAGAAUUGCUUGAAAACAAACAGCAUUACGACAUUCAUUCUACCAAGCUUAAGAUUGAAGUGGAAGAGGCAUUAGCAAAUGUGAAGAGCCUUCAGUUUAAGCUAGAAGCUUCAGAAAAAGAAAAUAAGAUUUUGGGUAUAACGUUACGUCAGCGUGAUGCAGAAGUUAACAGACUGCGUGAAUUAACCAGAACCUUGCAGGGCAGUAUGGCCAAGCUGCUGUCUGACCUCACAGCAGACAACAUUAGAUCCAAACCUGAAAACGGUCUCUCAAAGUCCCUUUUGGAAGACUAUGAAAAGCAGAUGCAACCUGAUCCAUUUCCUGGGAGUACUUCAGUAAUCACUUACCUAAAAAAAUUAGAAAUGGAUCAUAUUUUGACAGAUACAGAACCUCAUUUCUCAAAUAAAAUUGGAAAGUUAGAAAUGCAAAACCUAGCCUGUGAAAAGUUUGCUGCUGAAGGAAGUAAAAUAAACAGUACAUUCUCAAAAGGAGCAUCAACUCCCAGAACACUACGAACCUCACUGAAGCAAGAUGCAGAAACAGCCAGUGAUUCUGGGACUUUACUAGAUGACCAAAACAAGUUGGAUGAGACUGUUUAUAUUGCAUUGACUAGCAGUGCCUCUAUAAAACAGCAGCCAAUCUCUGAAAGAACUGGUGCGCAACCCCAGAGUAGAGGGUCUUGUAGGAUGUUGGACUACCACUGUGAGCUUUCAAACUCUAUGCAGCAGAAUGGGUACAGUGUGAAAAAGACUAUGGAAAACUCUUUUAAAGUUGCAGGGGAUAAAGUGGAGCCAGAAGGAGAAAAAGUCCAGAUGAGGCCAACAGGCAUACCAAAUGGAGCUGCAAAAGACUUCACAGAUAAACCAGACCAACCUCAGCCUGGUACAUACCCUCGCAUACCAAUGCUGUUUCUGAAAGAGAUUUCUCAGAAAAAAGGCAGUGAAAUACCUGAUUUCAGUUCCAUUUCAUUUGAUGAUAUAUCUGGGAAGUCUGAGUGGAGUGCAUCCUCUUACUCAACGUUUACUUCUCGAGAUGAAGAGGACUUUAAGAAUAGCUUAGCAGCCUUGGAUGCCAACAUAGCUAAGUUACAAAGAACUCUGCAAAAUAGCAUGAUGAAACAAUGAGUAUGAGAAAACCAAAUGGGGUGCACUUGGUUGGAUUAUCUAGGUUUUUCUGAAGUGUACUAAUAAGCGUGGUACUGUUGCAAUUAUUUGUAUUUUUGGUGUAAAAUGACUAGCUCCUAGCUGUUUAAAUUAUGGAUGGGAUUUGUUCCUCAUUAAGCUGUGGUGCUGCUUGAUGUGUACAUCUUGAAAUAACUAGAUAUAAUUACUAAAUUAUGACUUGGUUUUAUACUUUUUCAUUGCAAAAUUAAUUCUUAGACCUACACACUGGUCUAAGUGUGUAGAAAAAUGCCUUAAAUUAUGACUUAGGUUUAUAUUCUUUAAUUGCAAAAUUAAUUCUUAGAAUAGCACUUCGUACUGUUUAAGAAACCAACAAACUGUUGGCAAUACAGUUUUUCUAUUAAAUGAUAAAGUAGACU